CCCCAAAUAACAUAAAAAAAAAAAAAAGAAGUUCUAUCUCCAAUGGAAACAAUAGAUGAAAUAGCUUAUGAAGAUUUUGAACCAUAUUGCAAGUGGCAAAGAGAGGAAGGAUGUGACUUACUUGAGGUUCAUGUUCAAGAUUUUAAAAAAGAACAUCUGAGGGUUCAAUUAAAAGGCGACGUUCUAUCAAUAACCGGAGAAUAUCCAGUGAACAAUAACAUUCGAAAACGGUUCCUAAAAAAAUUAAAAAUAUCAAAACAAUGUGAAGCAACUGAAAUUCGCGCAAAAUUCAGCAAAAGAGGAAUUCUUACGGUAUCACUGCCGAAGAAAAUCUCAUCAUCAACAUCAAAAAAGUUAGGCAGCAGCAAUGGAGAUGGUAGUUUCAAUAAUGCAUCUUUGCCAUCACUUUACCUUGUCGGCCAAGAGAGUAGUUCAAAUUACUUAGCCAAACUAAAUAGAAACUUGGCUCGGCAGGUUGCGGCGGUUGUGUUGGCCAUGGCUUUUGGAGCAUUUGUUUACAAUUAUUGCUGCUGUGCUCGUGCAUGUUGAUUGUUGAAUUUGUAUGUUUAAAUGUUCUAAAAAUUGUAUGUGGCUCUACUCAACAUGUCCGUAUAGUUUGUGGAAAUUGAUUUAAUUGUGAAUUUUAGUUGAUAACA